AGUUGAUCGUGUUUUUUUUCAUUAUCAUCUUCAAAGAAGAGUGUGCGAAACACGAUGCAAAGUGUCGAUAAAGCACACGAAACACGCGAGGUAGAUUUGUCUGCAGCCCCAAGAGGUGUAUGGCUUGUAAAGGUUCCUAAGUAUCUGUCGGAAAGAUGGCAGAAGGCGCAAGGAGGCAGUGAGGUGGGCAAGCUGCGGAUCACACGACCAAAAAGUCCUGGCCUAAAGCCUGAUGUCAUGUUCUCCUCCCACGAAACAAUGAUGAAAGUCGAACCUGGACAAGCACAGGCGCCACGAGACCAUAAGUUUGUUCUCACUGGCGUCGGUGUUCAGAAUCUGGUGGUCAUGUCACAGACACCCAUAUUUGCUAAAGAUGGAAAUGGUGCAACAAAGGAAAAGGUUGCAGAGAGGGUGGCAGUAGAAGGCAAGGUGCUCCAGCGAGCAGAGUGUCGACCUAUCGCUGAUGACAACUACAACAAACUCAAGAGACUUCACUGGGAGAUCCAGAACAAACCCAAGAGGGAGGUGAUCCAGCUUAGCGGAGUGGUCCAGUCCUACAAACCCCGGAGUGCCUACGCUUCCCUGGAUGGCGAUAAACGUAAAAAGGAGGAGAGCAAGAGGUCAAGGUUAGAUCGUGAGAAGGUGCAGGACAUGCUCUUCAAUGCAUUCGAGAAACAUCAGUACUACAACGUCAAGGACCUUGUCAAGAUCACCAACCAACCAGUGCCAUACCUGAAGGAGAUCCUGAAGGAGAUCUGCACGUACAACAUGAAGGCGCCGCAUCGCAACAUGUGGGAGCUGAAACCAGAGUACCGACAUUACAAGGAACAGAACACCUCAUAGCACUAGCUGCUGGACAACGUCCAUAUUUAUGUAACUGACCCUUGGAGAUAUCCUGGGGGUAUAGGCACGACCCCAUGCUUGUCCCAUGGGUACAUUAGGAGUGUUAUCUCUGCCCAUGCUUGUCCCACGGGUACAUUAGGGGGGUGCCAUCUCUGCCCAUGCUUGUCCCAUGGGUACAUUAGGGGUGCCAUCUCUGCCCAUGCUUGUCCCAUGGGUACAUUAGGGGGGUGCCAUCUCUGCCAAUGCUUGUCCCAUGGGUACAUUAGGGGAGUGCCAUCUCUGCCAAUGCUUGUCCCAUGGGUACAUUAGGGGAGUGCCAUCUCUGCCCAUGCUUGUCCCAUGGGUACAUUAGGAGUGCCAUCUCUGCCCAUGCUUGUCCCAUGGGUACAUUAGGGGGGUGCCAUCUCUGCCCAUGCUUGUCCCAUGGGUACAUUAUAGGAGUGCCAUCUCUGCCAAUGCUUGUCCCAUGGGUACAUUAGGGGUGCUAUCUCCGCCCAUGCUUGUCCCAUGGGUACAUUAGGGGAGUGCAAUCUCUGCCCAUGCUUGUCCCAAGGGUACAUUAGGGGGGGAUGCCAUCUCUGCCCAUGCUUGUCCCAUGGGUACAUUAGGGGGGGGGGUCGUCUCUGCCCAUGCUUGUCCCAUGGGUACAUUGGGGGAGUGCCAUCUCUGCCCAUGCUUGUCCCAUGGGUACAUUAGGGGAGUGCCAUCUCUGCCCAUGGCUGUCCCAUGGGUACAUUAGGGGGGUGCCAUCUGUGCCCAUGCUUGUCCCAUGGGUACAUUAGGAGUGCCACCUCUGCCCAUGGGUACAUAAGGGGUGCCAUCUGUGCCCAUGCUUGUCCCAUGGGUACAUUAGGAGUGCCAUCUCUGCCCAUGGGUACAUAAGGGGUGCCAUCUCUGCGCAUGCUUGUCCCACGGGUACAUAAGCGCUGUCAUCUCUGCCCAUGCUUGUCCCAAGGGUACAUUAGGUAGCUGCCAUCUCUGCCCAUGCUUGUCCCAAGGGUACAUUAGGGGAGUGCCAUCUCUGCCCAUGCUUGUCCCAUGGGGACAUUAGGGGUGCCAUCAACUCCCAUGCUUGUCCCAUGGGUACAUUAGGGGCUGUGACAUCUCUGCCCAUGCUUGUCCCAUGGGGACAUUAGGAGUGCCAUCUCUGCCCAUGGGUACAUAAGGGGUGCUAUCUCUGCCCAUGCUUGUCCAAUGGGUACAUUAGGGGAGUGCCAUCUCUGCCCAUGCUUGUCCCAAGGGUACAUUAGGGGAGUGCCAUCUCUGCCCAUGGGUACAUUAGGGGGGUGCCAUCUGUGCCCAUGCUUGUCCCAUGGGUACAUUAGGGGACUGCCAUCUGUGCCCAUGCUUGUCCCAUGGGUACAUUAGGAGUGCCAUCUCUGCCCAUGCUUGUCCCAUGGGUACAUUAGGAGUGCCAUCUCUGCCCAUGCUUGUCCCAAGGGUACAUUAGGGGACUGCCAUCUCUGCCCAUGCUUGUCCCAUGGGUACAUUAGGAGUGUCAUCUCUGCCCAUGCUUGUCCCAUGGGUACAUAAGGAGUGCCAUCUCUGCCCAUGCUUGUCCCACGGGUACAUAAGCGCUGUCAUCUCUGCCCAUGCUUGUCCCAUGGGUACAUUAGGUGGCUGCCAUCUCUGCCCAUGCUUGUCCCAUGGGUACAUUAGGGGGGUGCCAUCUCUGCCCAUGCUUGUCCCAUGGGUACAUUAGGGGAGUGCCAUCUCUGCCCAUGCUUGUCCCAUGGGUACAUUAGGGGAGUGCCAUCUCUGCCCAUGCUUGUCCCAUGGGUACAUUAGGGGAGUGCCAUCUCUGCCCAUGCUUGUCCCAUGGGUACAUUAGGGGAGUGCCAUCUCUGCCCAUGCUUGUCCCAUGGGUACAUUAGGGGAGUGCCAUCUCUGCCCAUGCUUGUCCCAUGGGUACAUUAGGGGAGUGCCAUCUCUGCCCAUGCUUGUCCCAUGGGUACAUUAGGGGAGUGCCAUCUCUGCCCAUGCUUGUCCCAUGGGUACAUUAGGGGAGUGCCAUCUCUGCCCAUGCUUGUCCCAUGGGUACAUUAGGGGAGUGCCAUCUCUGCCCAUGCUUGUCCCAUGGGUACAUUAGGGGGGUGCCAUCUCUGCCAAUGCUUGUCCCAUGGGUACAUUAGGGGAGUGCCAUCUCUGCCCAUGCUUGUCCCAUGGGUACACUAGGGGGGUGCCAUCUCUGCCCAUGCUUGUCCCAUGGGUACAUUAGGGGAGUGCCAUCUCUGCCCAUGCUUGUCCCACGGGUAUAUUAGGGGAGUGCCAUCUCUGCCCAUGCUUGUCCCAUGGGUACAUUAGGGGGAUGCCAUCUCUGCCCAUGCUUGUCCCAUGGGUACAUUAGGGGAGUGCCAUCUCUGCCCAUGCUUGUCCCAUGGGUACAUUAGGAGUGCCAUCUCUGCCCAUGCUUGUCCCACGGGUACAUAAGCGCUGUCAUCUCUGCCCAUGCUUGUCCCACGGGUACAUAAGCGCUGUCAUCUCUGCCCAUGCUUGUCCCAUGGGUACAUUAGGGGUGUGCCAUCUCUGCCCAUGCUUGUCCCAUGGGUACAUAAGGAGUGCCAUCUCCGCCCAUGCUUGUCCCAUGGGUACAUUAGGAGUGCCAUCUCUGCCCAUGCUUGUCCCAUGGGUACAUUAGGGGAGUGCCAUCUCUGCCCAUGCUUGUCCCAUGGGUACAUUAGGGGAGUGCCAUCUCUGCCCAUGCUUGUCCCAUGGGUACAUUAGGGGAGUGCCAUCUCUGCCCAUGCUUGUCCCAUGGGUACAUUAGGGGAGUGCCAUCUCUGCCCAUGCUUGUCCCAUGGGUACAUUAGGGGAGUGCCAUCUCUGCCCAUGCUUGUCCCAUGGGUACAUUAGGGGAGUGCCAUCUCUGCCCAUGCUUGUCCCAUGGGUACAUUAGGGGAGUGCCAUCUCUGCCCAUGCUUGUCCCAUGGGUACAUUAGGGGAGUGCCAUCUCUGCCCAUGCUUGUCCCAUGGGUACAUUAGGGGGGUGCCAUCUCUGCCAAUGCUUGUCCCAUGGGUACAUUAGGGGAGUGCCAUCUCUGCCCAUGCUUGUCCCAUGGGUACACUAGGGGGGUGCCAUCUCUGCCCAUGCUUGUCCCAUGGGUACAUUAGGGGAGUGCCAUCUCUGCCCAUGCUUGUCCCACGGGUAUAUUAGGGGAGUGCCAUCUCUGCCCAUGCUUGUCCCAUGGGUACAUUAGGGGGAUGCCAUCUCUGCCCAUGCUUGUCCCAUGGGUACAUUAGGGGAGUGCCAUCUCUGCCCAUGCUUGUCCCAUGGGUACAUUAGGAGUGCCAUCUCUGCCCAUGCUUGUCCCACGGGUACAUAAGCGCUGUCAUCUCUGCCCAUGCUUGUCCCACGGGUACAUAAGCGCUGUCAUCUCUGCCCAUGCUUGUCCCAUGGGUACAUUAGGGUUGUGCCAUCUCUGCCCAUGCUUGUCCCAUGGGUACAUAAGGAGUGCCAUCUCUGCCCAUGCUUGUCCCAUGGGUACAUUAGGAGUGCCAUCUCUGCCCAUGCUUGUCCCACGGGUACAUAAGCGCUGUCAUCUCUGCCCAUGCUUGUCCCAUGGGUACAUAAGGGGUGCCAUCUCUGCCCAUGCUUGUCCCAUGGGUACAUUAGGGGAGUGCCAUCUCUGCCCAUGCUUGUCCCAUGGGUACAUUAGGGGAGUGCCAUCUCUGCCCAUGCUUGUCCCAUGGGUACAUUAGGGGAGUGCCAUCUCUGCCCAUGCUUGUCCCAUGGGUACAUUAGGGGAGUGCCAUCUCUGCCCAUGCUUGUCCCAUGGGUACAUUAGGGGGAUGCCAUCUCUGCCCAUGCUUGUCCCAUGGUUACAUUAGGGCUGCCAUCUCUGCCCAUGCUUGUCCCAUGGGUACAUUAGGGGAGUGCCAUCUCUGCCCAUGCUUGUCCCAUGGGUACAUUAGGGGAGUGCCAUCUCUGCCCAUGCUUGUCCCAUGGGUACAUUAGGGGGAUGCCAUCUCUGCCCAUGCUUGUCCCAUGGGUACAUUAGGGCUGCCAUCUCUGCCCAUGCUUGUCCCAUGGGUACAUUAGGGAUGCCAUCUUCGCCCAUGCUUGUCCCAUGGGUACAUUAGGGGGGUGCCAAUUCUUUCCAUGCUUGCCCAAAUGGGGAUUCAAGGGUAGAAUAGGUGCCCAAUGUGUGUGCUAUAAGUUCUUUUUCUGCUUUGACACUGUUGGUUGCAUGUAUCAUUGUACAGACUGUCAACCACUGCUUACCCUUUUGAUCUCGGUGGCCAAGUGAUCUUAGGUGCUGAGGUCAAUGUGCAGAGUUGCCUCCCUUACACAUGACAGGAACCUAUGAUCGUGGGUUUGAAUCUCAACUCGAUCUCAUUGUGGUUGCAGCAUAUGAAUUCAACAUGUUCAACCCGCAGGAUGUUUUUAUGGCAAAUAGUUUAAAUCAAAUAAAGUAAUAAAAUUAGACAAGUGAACAAUUACAGAAAUAGAGAAUCUCACCCAAGUGUUUUUUCAUAUCAAAUAUAUCAACACCAGUUGAUAAAAGUGGGAAAACUCUGAGGCUUGCCGAGGAUUUUUUCCACUUU